AUGGCUACCGUCAACAUUCGCCGCGAUGUCACCGACCCCUUCUACCGCUACAAGAUGGAGCGCAUCCAGUCCAAGAUCGAAGGCAAGGGCAACGGCAUCAAGACCGUUAUUGUCAACCUGAGCAGCGUGGCUCAGUCUCUCGCCCGCCCCCCUGCUCACGUCAUCAAGUACUUUGGUUUCGAACUCGGAGCUCAGACCAACACGAGCCCCAACGAUGACCGUUGGAUCAUCAACGGUGCCCAUGAUGCCAGCAAGCUCCAGGACUACCUUGAUGGCUUCAUCUCAAAGUUCGUCCUCUGCAAGAAGUGCAAGAACCCCGAGACCGAUGUCCAUAUCAAGGACGGCAACAUCACGCUUGACUGCAAGGCUUGCGGAAAGAUCUCCGACGUUGACCCGCGCUUGAAGCUUAGCUCCUUCAUCCUGAAGAAUGAACCCAAGAAGGGCAAGAAGGACAAGUCCAGCAAAAAGGCCGAGCGUCGUGCUCGCAAAGAGGCUGAAGCCCGUGGUGAGGCUACCUCGCCCGAUGGCGGCAGCCCCGGUGACAGCGCCGACGACAACGGCGACGAUGGCGACUUGGCACUCGAGGCCGGCAGCGAUGACGAGCUUACCCGCCAGAUCAACGAGGGCGCCAAGGAGAUCGAGGAUGAAGACGCCAAGGAGGUUGAGUGGUCCAUCGACACCUCUGAGGCGGCUAUUAGGGCUCGUGCUCAGGAUCUGCCCGACGACCUCAAGCGUGCUCUUGUCAUUGAGGAUGACGAGGAGGGCGGCUCGAGCUACGAUGUCUUUGGCAAGUGGAUCAUCGACACUGGUGCCGAGAAGGGUGGUGUUGAGAACCUUGACAACGUCGACAUCUACAUCAAGGCCAAGGAGCUCGGCAUCGAGGAGAAGCACCGUACUCUCACUGUCAUUCCCCAGACCCUCUUCACUGAGAAGAUUGUCAAGCAGAUGGACGGUCGCGCCCCUAUGCUCAAGAAGAUGAUCACUUCGGAUAAGCACGAGAAGGCUUUCCUUGGUGGUAUCGAGCGCUUUGUCGGCAACGACAAGCCUGAGCUGAUUCCUCAGGUCUCUGCUAUCCUGCUCAAGGUGUACGAGAACGAUCUUGUCUCGGAGGAUCAGCUCAAAGCCUGGUGCUCCAAGGCAAGCAAGAAGUAUGUCGACCUCAAGGUCAGCAAAUCUGUUCGCAAAUCGGCCGAGCAGUUCAAGGACUGGCUGGAGAACGAGGAUAGCGAGGAUGAGGACUCUGAGUAG